AUGUCCCGCAUGGAUGGCACACCACGAAGAGCGCGCCUCAGUGAGGAGAAUCUGCGCAUGCACAACGCAGCAUGCUUAAGCGUGAGUAUCCUCGAGAUCGGGAGGGACUUGGUGAAGCUGACUGCCGGGAACCAGGAGAGUAACGGGUACCAAAUUAGUCUAAUACAGCAAGAGCGGGCCUUGCUGUAUGAGCGAGAAUCGUUUGCACAUUGUACAGAAUUCUCGGCUGGAAAGGAGCCCAAAGCAGUAAAAACGGAGAUUGAAAGUAGGAACGAAGAGUCGCAGCAGCGACAGAGAUCCUUGGACGCUUUGAAACUUUACACGGGGGUCGUGCCGUCAUCAGAGAGUCCGAUGAGCAGGUUCAUGGCAAUGAGUCCAACCAACGACACUCACUCGUGGAUGGCGAAACAGGUAAUGGAAGAGUCGGGCAUCGGCUAUGGAGAGCUCGAGGCACUCGAGCUGCGGAAGCUGGCAUCAGAAUUGGUCGACAACCAAGCCAAUUCUCCUCCGGAGGAUACGAUGCAGGCCACCGUGGGCAGCCCGUGCCCGUCAUCGGACACCCUGUCGAUGAGGCAACUUAUAGAGUGGAGGGAAGCGAGGAAGGGCGCCCGAGUUAGGCGGCAUAUUGGGAUGCGUCGGGGCCGGAAACGACAGGAGGAUGUGACAGCAUCUGGUGUGCAGGGAAAGUAG